CGGGUUCCGCCCUCGCGCCGGGGAGGAGUCCCGGAGCAGAGCUGGAGCUGGAGCACGAGCACCUCUCACACCCUCCUCGCCCUCCCCACCGACAUCAUGCUCCAGUUCCUGCUCGGAUUUACUUUGGGCAACGUGGUUGGAAUGUAUCUGGCUCAGAACUAUGAAAUGCCAAACCUGGCUAAAAAACUUGAAGAGAUUAAGAAGGACCUGGAAGCCAAGAAGAAGCCCCCUAGUUCCUGAUGCCUGCCUGGCACUGCAUUCUGGACCCACCAGUUCCAUCCUGGGGGGCCUGUCUCCUUCACAGCCAAGUCCAAAGCUGUGUUCCUCUUCGGUCUCAGACCCUGCGCGUUGCUGAGGCUCCAGCACGGGCCAGAAGUCGAGUUAGCUUUCCGUUUCCAGCAUCUCCCCGUCUCCCGUAUCUUCCGUCCACCUGCCUCUGAGUCCUAAGCCUGGAACCAUGGUGCUAGGUUAGCAACGGCAACCGUGACAGGACUCACUCGCCUGUGCUCUGGGAGUCCUACUGCCUACUGUCAAGAAAUGAAUGGAUUUGGAUAGCUGCUGAGGACUUACUGUCUAGCAGUGAUAACAGGAGCUUGCUAGACAAACUAAAUUGUGUUAAAGUCAUUAAAGUCAGUAUCUUCAAGCCAGUUUCUGGUGAAUUAAUCCAUUUAUUAUAUAUUGUUACCAAGGAGCUCCAUGCUUGAUAAUUUAACCAGUAAAUCAUUUGCUGGUCAUUAACCAGGAAACUAUUUUAUGCAUUCUAUAAAAAGCAAACAAACUGGGAAAACUUAAAACAUGCAAAGUAACCUUUGUCUGCAUACAGUUCAGUCUAUGCAGUCUAUGUUUUUCCUUAGUGAUAUAUUUGAACUGAAUCUGCCGUCAAAAGAGCCAUUCUUUAUGCUGGCACUUGAUAGGAUGGGCGGAUAAAUGAGGAGCUGUUGAUAAAAGAAUGUUACUUUUUUUUUUAAACA